AAAAUAAUAAUGAAAACAUAACAUACAAAUAUAUAACCCACCUCCUCCUCCCUUCCAUCCACCAAUAAAUAGUCAAAAAAAAUUGACCCACUCACUCCUCACCCAAUCAUCUUUCCCCCUUAUCCCCUCAUUUUCUCCCUCUCUCUAAAACUCAACAUCCUCUUCUUCUUCUUCCUCUCUUCAUUUUUGACUCAGAUCCCAUCUUUCUCUCUCCUCAAAAAAAAAAAAAAAAAAACUCUAGAUCUACAACAAUGAAACCAGAUUUCCCUACACAAAAAACCCACCUACCAUUUUCAUCUUCCUUCCCAGAAGAAGUUCUUGAACAUGUCUUCUCCUUCAUUGAGUCACACUCAGACCUUAACUCAGUCUCACUCGUUUGCAAAGCUUGGUAUGAGACUGAAAGAUGGUGUCGUCGUAGGAUCUUCAUAGGAAAUUGCUACGCUGUGAGUCCUCAGAUUGUAAUCAGACGGUUCAGAGACCUUCGAUCUGUUACUAUAAAAGGAAAGCCUCAUUUUGCUGACUUUAAUCUUGUUCCUGAUGGUUGGGGAGCUCAUGCUUUGCCAUGGAUCGUUGCGUUUUCUGACGCUUUUCCUGCUUUAGAGGAGCUUAAGAUGAAGAGAAUGGUUGUUACUGAUGAAGCUCUUGAAUUGAUUGCUAAAAAAUGGAGGAAUUUUAAGGUUUUGGUUUUGAGUUCUUGUGAUGGGUUUUCUACUCAAGGUUUGGCUUCUAUUGCUGCUAAUUGCAGGAACUUGACAACUCUCGACUUAUGUGAGAGUGAAGUUGAUGACUCAAGUGGGAAUUGGAUAAGCCAUUUUCCGGAUUCUUACACUUCACUAGAAUCUCUUAAUGUUGCCUGCCUUAUCUCAGAGCUGAGGUUCUCUUCUCUUGAGCGUUUAGUGAGCAGAUGCCCAAAUCUGAAAUCACUUCGGCUCAACCGUGCAGUGCCGUUGGAGAAGCUUUCAAUUCUCCUGGAGAAGGCGCCUCAGUUGGAUUACAUUGGCACAGGUUCAUUUUUGACUGAGCUCAACACUGAGGCUCAUGAAAGGCUUACAAGGGCGUUUGCAGGAUGCAAAGGGGUUAAGGGGCUUUCUGGUCUCUAUGAUGUUGUCCCCACUUAUCUUCCAGCCCUAUAUCCUGUCUGCUCGGGGCUCACUUCUUUGAACCUGAGCUAUGCGACCAUUCACUCCCCUGAUCUGAUCAAACUUCUUAGCCACUGUCAGAGUCUUCAGCGUCUUUGGGUACUUGACUAUAUAGAAGAUGGUGGCCUUGAAGUGCUUGCAGAGUCAUGCAAGGAUCUACGGGAGCUACGUGUGUUCCCCUCUGAGCCUUAUGUUCAUGAACCAAACGUUUGUUUAACUGAACAAGGCCUGGUAUCGGUCGCCAUGGGUUGUCCUAAACUACAAUCUGUUCUCUAUUUUUGCCGUCAAAUGUCCAACGAAGCAUUAUUCACCAUUGCGAAGAAUCGCCCCAACCUAACACGUUUCCGUCUAUGCAUCAUCGAGCCCCAGUGUCCUGAUUACCUAACAAAUCAACCGCUAGAUGAGGGUUUUGGAGCCAUCGUUGAGCAUUGCAAGGACCUCCGCCGCCUUUCUUUGUCGGGUCUGCUCACUGACCGUGUUUUUGAGCUCAUAGGGACGCAUGCCAAAAAUCUCGAGAUGCUCUCCUUGGCUUUUGCCGGAGAGAGUGAUUUGGGUUUGCAUUAUAUUUUAUCGGGGUGCAAGAACCUUAGGAAGCUCGAGAUUAGGGAUUGCCCAUUUGGUGCAAGGGCACUUGUGGUGAAUGCAGCUAAGUUGGAGACAAUGCGAUCCCUUUGGAUGUCAUCGUGCCAAGUGAGCUACGGGGAAUGUAAACUGCUUGGCAAGAAGAUGCCAAGGUUGAAUGUUGAGGUUAUGGAUGAAAGAGGGCACCCUGACUCGAGGUCUGAUGAAGGGUCAAUUGAGAAGCUUUACAUUUACCGGACAAUUGUUGGGCCUAGGGUAGACUCUCCGGAGUUUGUUUGGACAAUGGGUGAAGAAACUGCAUCAUCAGCAUUGAGGUACUCUUAACUGCAGUUCUUGCUUUAUAUCAAUAAUGACAGCCCUCGUUAUCAAGGGCGGUUGUAGUGGUUUUGGAGGGGUUGCACACCACUUUGAAGUUCGAAAGGCUAAGCGGCUGUUUUAGCGCCGCUUGGAAAGAGGGGGUGGGGGAAAAAGAUGGACAUGUCCGUUGUUUCCUUGUACUAUUAUGAUGUAGCUAGAACUAGGAGAGAACGCUGUUUCUUCUUGGAUUGCGAACCUUAGAAAUCUGUAUGUAUAUUACAGUUAUAUGCUGUUCACAUUCAUUUCAUUAUUCAAUGUAACGGAUCGAAUAACCCCAACAGUUCAAUAAGUUUUGCAGACUGAUGCAAAGUUUUCUCUGUAUUUUUGCAAGAAGUGUGAUAGUUCUUGAAUAAGCUAUUCCUUUUUAUUUCAUGACUACAUGCGAAUAGAAGGAUUUGUAUCAAAUAAUGCAAUGGUUUACUUCCUAUUA